AUGAUACCCUCUUUGAAUGGCGAUGGCAGCAAUCCGACCACUUUGCGGAAGAUGCUUUACCCUCUGCUGCCGCCAAAAAACAGUACUGUAAAGACAAAAGGGGCCUCAUAUUUUGCACUUUUUAGACCUUUGCAAGAUGUUCAGUCACGCCUCAUUCUUGCUACCGGCGUGGUACUGGCCCUCGCAGCAGGCGCUCCUCUACCAAUCAUUGGGGUCAUAUUCUCCAAAAUUAUCAACCAUUUUCCACCCUCGGAAGAAGACGUACGGACAAGAAUUUAUCAGCUUCUAGCAGUUGCAAUUGCAUACUUCGCUGUUACGUGGGGAUGGGCGUUCUGUUGGGGUAUUGUAGGUGCUCGAGUCUCCAGAGGGCUGCGUACCCAGAUGGUGCAUCGAGCUCUCGGACUUGAUCAAACUUACUACGAAACCCAGUGUCCAGAUAUCACCAGUCGCUUGACUGUUGAUGCCCAAACAGUACAGUCUGGAACGGCGGAAAAGGUUGGUAUUUUCCUCCAAUCCAUUAGCUACUUCAUUGUAGCUUUUAUUGUUGGAUUUGUCCUCAAUGCGAGACUUACGGGAAUUCUUUUCGCGGCAGUCAUACCUUCCAUGACAAUAGUCAUUUGCACGGGGACUACUGUCUUGAGUAGAUUUUCCAAGGAAUCAUCAGACAGCACUACAGAGGCUGCGUCGAUUGCUGAGGGAGCAAUCAAGGCUGUUCAAGUGGUACAAGCUUUUGACGCAUUUGACACUCUGACAAAGGACCACGAGAACCAUUUGAAAGUUGCGAUGAGAGUGGGCCUUAAGAAGGCUAUUGCUGGUGCAGUGCUUCUUGGCAGUGUCUUUUUCAUAGCAUAUGCUGCAAAUGCUCUGGCGUUCUGGCAGGGCUCUAAAAUUGCGGAGAGCUCGUCUAGUGGGGGCGCAGGAACAGUCUAUGCUAUUGUGUUUUUGAUCCUCGAUGCUUCAUUUGUUAUUGGCCAGGCAGGCCCAUUCAUCCAGUCAUUUUCCGCUGCUGCAUCUGCCGGAAGUCGAAUAUUAAGCCUAAUCGACUACCCGGAUAUUCCAAUUGACGUCUAUUCGAAAGAUGGACUUCCUGCCGAUCAGCAGACACUGGGACCUGAAAAAGAAAUAACCUUCAACAAUGUCAGCUUUUCAUACCCUGCACGCGCUUUAGACACCGUCUUGAACGACAUAAAUCUCAAAAUCGAUACUGGAACUACUGUUGGCAUUGUGGGUUCUUCAGGCAGUGGGAAAUCCACCAUCGCAGCCCUGCUAUUGAGGCUCUACGACCCUUGCCAAGGAAGCAUCAUGAUCGAUGGGCAGACUAUUCCAGAUUACAAUCUCUCCAGCCUCAGAAAUCAGAUUGCUCUGGUAGACCAAGAUCCCGCAGUAUUCUCUGGUACAGUCUACACAAACAUCCGAGACGGUUUCAAAGGAGAUUUGCUUCCAGAAGAGGACAUGAGGGAACGAUGCGUUGAGGCCGCGAAAGCCGCCGAUGCUUGGACAUUCAUUGAAUCACUACCGUAUGGCUUCGAAACCUGGCUCGGAGAACCUGGUGGAACGAAGCUCUCGGGUGGCCAAAAGCAACGACUCUGUUUGGCACGGGCAUUGGUAGGAAAUCCAUCGUUGCUGGUACUAGAUGAAGCAACCAGUGCUUUGGAUACCAUCAGUGAAGCGGCUAUUUUGACGUCCCUUGGAAAAUCAAGAUCAAUGAAGCACAGGACGACCGUGAUGAUUGCUCAUCGCUUAGCAUCGGUGAAGUCUGCAGACAAUAUCAUUGUGAUGGGCAGGGGCCACAUUCUGGAACAGGGCAGUCACGACGCAUUAAUGUCAAUCCCGAAUGGCGCCUAUCGAAACCUAAUUGAGGCGCAAAAGCUCUCACCUAACUCGUCCGCGGAACAUGAAGUGUCUACCCCAGCUGAAGUAGCAUAUAUAGAGACCGAUAAAAUCUAUCCCGAAGAAAAACAACAUGAGACCGAGUCGCUGUCCUCAGGAUAUACUCCCGACGAAGCCAUGUCGUUCGGGACGAUUCAGAUCAUCGGGCGUUGUCUUGCUCUGAGUCGCUCUCGGAUAUUACUUACCCUCUUAGCAUUGGUUGGUGCUCUCAUAACUGGAGGUCUGAUACUUGGAGAAUCAAUUAUAUUCGGCCAUUUGGUCUCCCUCCUAAACGGUCCCGUCAACGCAAGUCGAGUAAACUUCUACUGUCUGAUGUUUUUUGUUGUCUCACUGGCCGCUCUCAUAGGCUACAUCACAUCGGGAUCGUGCUUUGGUAUUGUAUCUGAACACCUGAUCAUGCGAACCCGAGAUCUCUCACUUCGGACGAUCCUUCGGCAAGACAUGGAGUGGUUUCUUCAGUCCGGUCGGUCCACGUCCUCCCUUGUCUCGGUCAUUAGCAUGGACUCGGGUCAUUUGAGCGGCUUGUCGGGAGUUAUAAUUGGGACGAUGGUCUCUGCAUUGGUCUCUGUUGUUGGAGGGGCUAUCUUAGCACACAUCGUGGCCUGGAAGAUAGCCAUUGUUCUCUUUGCUACGUCUCCCGUCGUGGUUCUUGCAGGAUUCUUCCGUUUCAGAGUCCUUGCUAAACUUGAAGAAAAGAACCAGUUGGCGUAUACCGAGGCUGCAUCGUUAGCUACAGAAGCAUGUAGCUCUAUACGUACUAUUGCAGCUUUGGGUACUGAAAAGGCUACUUCGAAGAGAUUUGACGUUGCGAUUGACAAGUAUCGAGAGCAGACAUUCCGAAGCACUGCUCUUGGGAAUCUUCUCCUUGCUUUUGCAUUGUCGAUUACCUACUUUGUCUAUUCCUUGGCAUACUGGUGGGGGGCAAGACAAGUAAGGUUUGGGGAAUAUUCCAGCCUCCAGUUCUUCAUUGUCCUUCCAGCCAUUCUCUUCUCGGCGCAGGCCGCAGGACAAAUAUUUAGUCUUGCUCCGGAUAUUGGGCGGGCAAAGGGAGCUGCCUCGAGAGUCUUUGCCCUCCAUGAUCAAAAGCCAGGCAUUGACAUCACAUCGCAUACGACCACUGCCACCCCCACGCCCACCCCCGUUUCUGAAGUCAGGAGGUCAUCUUCGUCAACAGGGGCCAUUAAGUUCCAAAAUGUUAGUCUCACGUACCAAUCUCGACCUAACGCUCCUGUCUUUACGAAUCUCAACCUCUCUAUCAAAGCGGGCGAAACAGUAGCACUGGUUGGCCGCUCAGGAGCCGGAAAGACGUCGACAAUAUCGCUCAUUGAACGAUUCUAUGACCCUACCGGGGGAAGCAUUCUCCUUGACGGCAUCGAUAUCAAGUCGGUACCAGUGCAGCAACAUCGUGCGAGAAUCAGUCUUGUUGCGCAAGAUCCAGACUUAUUUUCCGGCAGCGUGGCCUUCAAUGUUGGCUUAGGCGCGAGACCUGGACAUGUUGCUACGAGAGAAGAAGUCAUCGAGGCUUGUAAAGCAGUUGGCAUCCAUGAAUUUGUCAGUGGGCUACCUGAUGGCUAUGAGACACAAUGCGGCAACAAUGGUUCACAGCUCUCCGGAGGACAAAAACAACGAGUUGCGAUCGCUCGAGCAUAUAUCCGAGAUCCGGAAAUCCUACUGCUCGAUGAAGCAACUUCAGCUUUAGACUCGCAAUCCGAAGCGCAGAUCCAAGAAGCUAUCACGGCGGUAUCGCGCAAACGAACUACAAUCAUGAUCGCACAUCGUCUCACCAGCGUCCAAAAGGCGGACCGGAUAUUGGUAUUUGAAAAAGGGAAAAUUGUGGAGGAAGGCAGACAUGAGGAUUUGAUGAGAGGUGGUGGCAUCUACGAACAAAUGAUCACGGCGCAAAACUUGGGGUGA